AUGGAUUCCGCGAGAAGUUGGUUCCAGAAGUUCCAGCCGCGGGACAAGUCCAAGAGCCCGGCGGUGCCUGCCAGCCAUGGGAAGGAUCCCGGGAAGCCCCCCGUCGACGACGCGCCUUCUAGCGCGACCAAGCAGAAGGUCGCUGCGGCAAAACAGUACAUUGAGAACCACUACAAGACUCAGAUGAAGUCCUUGCAAGAUAGGAAAGAGAGGCGCUGGAUGCUGGAGAGGAAAUUACAGGAUGCUGAAGUUCCUGCAGAAGAGCAGAACAACAUUCUAAAACAUUUGGAGAAAAAGGAGACUGAAUAUAUGCGUUUGCAAAGACACAAGAUGGGGGUUGAAGAUUUUGAACUUUUGACAAUUAUUGGAAGAGGUGCAUUUGGAGAGGUGCGUCUUUGUAGAGAGAAGACCUCUAAAAGUGUAUAUGCAAUGAAAAAGCUUAAGAAAUCUGAAAUGCUUCGUAGGGGCCAGGUGGAACACGUCAAAGCCGAAAGAAACCUCCUUGCAGAAGUCGAUAGUGCGUACAUAGUAAAGCUUUACUAUUCUUUUCAAGAUGAUGAGUUCUUGUAUCUCAUCAUGGAGUACCUUCCUGGUGGUGACAUGAUGACUUUGCUCAUGCGCAAGGACACUCUGACAGAAGAUGAAGCCAAAUUUUACAUCGCAGAAACUGUACUAGCAAUAGAGUCCAUUCACAAGCACAAUUACAUUCACAGGGAUAUCAAGCCAGAUAAUUUAUUGUUAGAUCUCAGUGGUCACUUGAAGCUUUCUGACUUUGGAUUGUGCAAACCUUUGGAUAGCAGUAAUUUUCCAAAUUUGAAUGAACCGGAUUAUACACCUGGAAAAGGUGCUAAACCUUUACCCGAUAACACCAGUCGAUUAACUAACUCUUCUGCACCGAAGCGUACGCAGCAGGAGCAGCUGUCACAUUGGCAAAAGAACCGUCGGAUGUUGUUUGUAGAAAUGUGGUCCCCAAUUUUCUGGCUCCAUGAAUGUUGGCAGGAUUUGACUGAAUUUGGCAAGGCGUAUUCUACAGUUGGUACUCCUGAUUACAUUGCUCCAGAGGUUCUAUUGAAGAAAGGAUAUGGAAUGGAGUGUGACUGGUGGUCCCUUGGUGCUAUCAUGUAUGAAAUGCUAGUUGGUUAUCCCCCAUUUUAUUCGGAGGAUCCAAUGUCGACCUGCAGAAAGGUAUGUCUCUCACACAGCUCAUAUCUACUCCCUCCGUUCCAAAUUACUCGUCGCAGAAAUGGAUUGUUCUGUAGUAGGAAUUUGUAUCCAACAAUUCACCUAACUUGUUCAUUGGCACACAGAAUACUUAUUGUGAACUGGAGAAGUCACCUGAAAUUUCCUGAAGAGGCAAAGCUUUCUUCUGAAACUAAGGAUCUCAUUAGCAAACUUCUCUGUAAUGUUGAGCAGAGACUUGGAACAAAAGGAGCCCAUGAAAUAAAAGCACAUACAUGGUUUAGAGGUGUCCAAUGGGAAAAGUUGUAUCAGAUGAAAGCUGCUUUCAUACCAGAAGUUAAUGGCGAGUUGGAUACUCAGAACUUUGAGAAAUUUGAGGAGACUGGAGCACAAGUUCAGAGUUCAUCUAAGGCGGGUCCAUGGAGAAAGAUGCUUCCAUCCAAGGAUGCAAAUUUUGUUGGAUACACGUACAAGAACUUUGAAAUUGUGAAUGACGAUGAAGUUGCCGGGAUUGCCGAGCUGAAGAAAAAGAGUUCCAAAUCAAAACGGCCAACCAUCAAGACAUUGUUUGGUAACUAG